AUGUCCAUCCAUGGCACCUUUUCCUAUGCCGGUACAACCAUAAACCAGUACAAGUACCCCCAUCGGCUCUACGAAAGAGAAGUGCAAAUACAUGCCGACUGUUUCGCCGAGUAUGAAGACGACAUCUCCCUCACCUUGUUGAGGGCCCUGGUGGUCACUCAACCCAACUUCAAGCUCUACGACAACCAACCAUACAUCAAUGCCUCGGUGAGAGCAAAACUCGUGGACUUCUUGCUCCGCAUGGCCGUUCGCCUCAAAUUGGUCCCCUACGUUUUUUGCAAAGCCGUCCGUCUUUUCGACCGCUAUUGCUCCAAGAGAAUUGUUCUUCUACAACAGGCUCAGCUAGUCGCUACCACAUGUCUUUGGAUCUCGGCGAAAGUAUAUGGCGGCAAUAAUCACUUUGCCAACUUGUCGAGUUCCAAAUGUGGCCAGGUGAAAACCAUCCUGAACUUGGGCUACGGCUCGGGCGCCCGCUUCUGUGGACCCACCGAACGGUACCGCAUGCCCAAAAUCUGUGAGUUGGUCAAGCUUUGCGGUGCUCGUUGCAACUACGACAUCAGCAUGUUCAAGCAGAUGGAGUUGCACAUUAUGUCCACCUUGGACUGGAAUUUGGUGGACACCGCCGUCGACGAGUUCUUGGUCGACCUGAGAGACCUCAAGUCUUGCACUGACGUAACCAACCUGCAAAAGUCAGACAUUGCUACCUUGAAAGCGUUCGUAUCCUACGCUUCGUGCUACCAGUACGAGCUCAUUAAGUAUACCCCUGUGGAGGUGGCCAAGGCAGCAGUCGACUUGCUCAACGAAACCUUUCACCUCACUGCUACCGACGCUGCUUUCCUUACGCUAAACAAUUGCAUUUUUGCAGAAAUCCCUGACCUCAACGCAAGACAGGACGACAUAAGGAACCUCCUCAUUCAGGCUGUGGUGUCCGCUCCUGACUAUCUUUUACAUUGUUUCGAUACGCUGGGGCCUCGAUACCUCUACUCCAGCCUUACAAAAACCACAAAGAUGCCACCCCCCAUCGACACCGGCAUUUCGACUCCCACAGAAUCGUCCUACCCUACUCCCACAAGUGCACCGCAUUUCGAUGUGCCUCUGACCAAUUACACUUAUACUAAGCCAACGAAUGUUUCGCUUUCAAGUGAGUCGUAUGCGUACGAAACGUCGCCAUCCAUUGAUGGCGUGCCAUUUGUGUCGAAGCUGGUCAGCAAGGGCCUAAAAAUCUCUGUCACCGAAGCUGCCAAUAUAAACAGCCACCACUACCCGUUGCUUCGCACACAGGGUUCCAAAGGCCCGAUGGGGAUGCUGGAUCUACUUCCUCAGCCACGGCAGACACUACAAGAAUCCUUCUACAAAAACAACAAUAGCCUGACGAGCAUCGCAUCGUCCAACUCGUCAAAGGGUUCCGAUAUGUUCUAUGACUCCCACCGAUAUGGCAUUUCCACCCCAAUCAGCAUAGAGGACGACAAGUCGCUCAUGAAAAAGAAAAAGUCCAGUUAA